AUGGACAGUGGUUUGAAACGAUUAUGGACGCGACGGAAGACCAAAGGUCGGGAGAUCCGACACGGGGCGGAAGCAGGCAGCCUCAGAAAGAGCCAAAGCACCGAUUUGGUUGUCCUGUCUACAUACGAAAGACGCGGACGGUACACGCCGAGUGGCCAGGUUGGUCACGGCCUGUCUCCGAUCACCACCACCAGCAGCUCGGUCGAACCUGUGUCAGGAGACAAAACACAGCCGAUGCUGCUUGGUAUGUCAAGACCAGUACCUUCGCCAUCAAUCCCCGGCACCUCUGAGAGCGGAAGUCUUAUGAGCGCAGUCAAUCGCGCGGCUGCAGACGCUGGAGCCAAAGCAGAGCAAGAAUACCAUCAAUCCACAGACUCCUCUUCAAGAGGCCAACGCCAGCAAAAGGUUCCUCGGUACAUCGACAUAUUUUCGCUUUCCAAGGCCAAUGACACCAACCCAAUGCCUGGAUACAACGAAGAUGUUGCCGAGAGAAACUUGGACUUGAGCCGCGUGGCACUGGAGGGCACCCACAGGCAACUCCCUCCGUCAUCAAAGUAUGCCGAAGAAGUUGCAGCUCGCAAUGCUUAUCCGCCGCUGCGCGCGAAAAAGACCGUGAAUGCCCCCUUCCCCAGCUCUCAGCAGCACUUUGAUGAGAGCGCUCCGUCAGAUCUAUCUAGAGAUCUCUCCAGCAAAGUGAGUGACUACCUUUCAGGAUCUGCAGGGCAGCCGGACCAUUCAGAAUGGUCGAGAUUGCAGCUCUUGUCAGCGUUGCAGGAUCAGCAUUCUCGUCAAUCAAACGAAACUUCCUGGCAACCACGAUCGCCGACGCGUGAGUGGCCAACCCUCGUCCAAGCAUCUCCUGGCCCUCUGCUUGCACAUCAUGUCCACUAUGCCAAAGACUUCAACGAGAACCUAGGCGAUAGGACGAUUGCAGCAAGAUCCACAGGCCACCCCAGUCGACUAGACCAAAUUGAAGCUCUCCGCAGCUAUCAACUUUCAGCAGCAGAAUUGAUGCAGGCGAGUCGACCAGCGACUUCGCGACCGGCUACUGCGUUGUCUAUGGCUGCUGGUACGCGACGCAACGAGCAUCCUCUUCGCUCGCACUCGAGCAUGAGCAACACGUCGGUAAAGCGGGCUAUCAACUUGCCUCAUCGCACCAUCAUGGAUCUGACCGGCACUGAUUCUGACAUCUUUUCCGAGGAGCCUAGCGAGUCAGCCUACAGUUCAGCACCUGUUGUUGGACAGGAGAAAUUCGAGACAAUGCGGCCGGUGUAUGGUAACACAUUAGCCAAUCCACCCUUCAAAUCGGAUAGAGGCGAUUUAAGGACAAGUUCCAGCUUGCCUACUGAGGAGCACGGGCGUAUGCCCGAAGCACUCUCGCAAAAUCAAUCCCCUGCCCCCUCGGUUUCGGAAUUUACUGUACGCUCUACACCAACGAAAGUUCCCACAAACAGCGAACUUUCCUCCAUCAGUACUUCGGCGUCAUCGGCCGCCCACACCGGCAUCCUAAUUCAACCAAAGGAAACAACUGGUGUUUCUGGUUCGAACAAGGCCCACACGUUCGCGCACGAAUUGCCCGUCCCGUAUCCGCCCGUGGAGCAGGCGACCAGUGGUUCGCGGGACCUUCCCACAGACAGCAGCCAUAUUGCAGGGACGAGGCACAAUACUGAGCCCAGAAAGCAGACACAGCAAGAGAUCCAUGAUAAAGCUGCAGAAGUCGAUAUCUUGAGGACUGCUGAAGACGACACGCCGCAAGAUGCCAUCGACACCAAGUCGGAUUGUCCCGGAGCAGGGUUUGCAACACAGUCCCUCACGGAGGAAGUAUCGCCUCCACAGGCGCAUACUCAAACGCUCCCGGGAAGAGUUCCACCGGUUGAUUUUGUUGAACCCGGCAAAAGCUGGGGAGUGCAAUCACGAGAUUUUGCAGAUGCCUUUUCUAAACCUGGCCUUACGAGUGUCCCUGAAGACACCGAAUCAAGUGGCAGCAGUAGAGCCCAACACACGAGAACUUCUCGAUAUAGGUCUGCAAGCCAUGACCCAAAUACCGGAAGGGCAACAUUGAAUGGAGCCGAUCCAGUUAAAUUUUCACUGUAUCACUCUACUUUCAACGAGCACGAGUUUGCCCAGAAACAAGCCGACGCACGUGCAGCGCUCAUUAGGCUGCAGGAAAGUCUCAACGAGAACUUCCUCACGCAUCCCUCGCUUGCUGCGCAAUCAUCGAAGCCUGCAGCGUCAAAACAUUCAUUCUCCUACAGCGAUGGAAAGCCAGUGGCUCCGUCAACAAUUUUCGCUCAGGUCAGAGACUCUCCACCCAUCCCAGCGAAAACAAGAUUCUCGGCUGACAUGGCGACCGAGGUGGAUAGAUUUGAGAGGCCAGUGCCGAGAUCGUAUCAUAGUCUGACCACUGUACCGGAUUUUCACGAGAGUCGUCGCAAUGGCCACGCGGUUGGUGUCGACGGACGAAAGAAGAGCAAACAAAGCAACAAUGUGACGUUCGACGGCCCUGGCCCUUCGAUUGUCGACCAGGAACAAGAUGUGAAAACUCCACUUCCCAUGCCACCACCUCUACAUAUGAACGGUCGUCGACUCCAGCAACUGGACAAAAAACCUGUCCCACCGAGUCCUGGCGAGGUGUCUCUUUCCAGUUUCCCACUUCCGGUCUCCUCGCCGAGAACAACCAUGUCCUCGGAAACGACGCGAGCUGAUUCGACGGACCCGGUCAUGAGCACCACCGGCCAGUACAGAGCCCAUUCACAGCAAAGUAGCGAUGAUAGCCGUGUGCUGAGACGGCCGACGAGUCAACGGAGCCAGGCCAGCAGCACGUCGGUAUUUAUUCCUUACCACAUGAUUCCAGACCGGUCGAGUAGCAUUCGAGAUCGAUCUGUCAAGGAGGAAUAUUGA